AACACGACACGAACCAAUCACCAGGAAAAAAAAAAACUUAUACCUCUAAAAUUCUCUCAUUUGAUUCUCUCAAUCUAACUCCAAUUUCUGCAAAAUCAAAGCUUUUUAAUUCAUUUCACAUCUCUGGGUUUUGCUCAGAUUGCCCAAACAUUGCAGAUCUUCAGUUGAUGUGCUUAGGAACUCUAUCCAAGUGUGUGACAUCUGAUUGCUGGAUUUGGUAGGUUUGAGAACUCAUUCUGGUCUUGUGUGAAGCGUUUACUGGUUGGUUAGAAAGUUGGUGAAUGUGAUUAAUGGGUAGCAGCGAGAUGGAAAAAUCGGGUAAAGAGAAAGAAACUAAGACUCCACCGCCUUCUUCUUCUUCUUCUUCAGCUCCUGCUACUGCUGUUUCACAGGAACCUUCUACUGCUGUGAGUGCUGCAAUGGCUACUCAAGAUUGGUCUGGUUUUCAGGCUUAUUCCGCAAUGCCACCUCAUGGUUACGUAGCAUCAAGUCCUCAACCUCACCCUUAUAUGUGGGGGGUUCAGCAUAUGAUGCCUCCUUAUGGAACACCGCCUCAUCCGUAUGUUGCAAUGUAUCCUCCAGGUGGCAUCUAUACACAUCCUUCAUUACCUCCGGGGUCUUAUCCAUAUAGUCCCUAUGCAAUGCCUUCUCCUAAUGGAAUGGCUGAAGCUUCUGGUAAUACUGGAAGUGGUAUUGAGGGUGAUUCUAAAACACCUGAUGCAAAGGAAAAAUUGCCAAUAAAAAGAUCGAAAGGAAGCUUGGGAAGUUUGAAUAUGAUUAUAGGAAAGAACACUGAAACUGGAAAAAACUCAGGAGCAUCAGCUAAUGGAGCUUGUUCUAAAAGUGCUGAAAGCGCUUCUGAUGGAUCAAGUGACGGAAGUGAUGCAAAUUCACAAAACGACUCUGGCUCUAGACACAACGGGAAGGAUGGUGAAACAGCUUCAGAGAGUGGUGGUUCUGCUCAUGGACCACCUCGUAAUGGGAGUAAUUUACCAGUGAGCCAGACCGUCGCAAUCAUGCCAGUGACGGCUUCCGGUGUUCCAGGCCCACCAACAAAUUUAAAUAUUGGAAUGGAUUAUUGGAGUGGUCAUGGGAAUGUUUCUGCAGCAGUUCCUGGAGUUGUAGUAGAUGGAUCCCAAUCACAGCCAUGGUUACAGGUUUCUGAUGAGAGAGAGCUUAAGCGACAAAGACGGAAACAAUCCAAUAGGGAGUCUGCUCGUAGAUCCAGGUUGCGUAAACAGGCGGAAUGUGAUGAGCUAGCACAACGAGCAGAGGUCUUGAAUGGAGAAAACUCAAGUCUUAGAGCAGAAAUUAACAAGCUUAAAAGCCAAUAUGAAGAGCUUCUUGCUGAAAAUAGCUCUCUCAAGAAUAAGUUUUCAUCAGUCCCGUCACUGGAAGGAGUAGAACCAGACAAGAACGAGCAAGAACCACAGAGAAGUACACGUCAGGAUGUUGCGUAGACCACUCACUCUGUGGUUCCCACGACAACUCAGCCUGACUAAAGAACAGCAACUAACAGGUCUAUGUAAUUUUUUAGGAAUCAGAGUUGUUUGGUGUUGCCUUCUUUAGCAAACGUUUUAAGCUUGAUGGUUCGUUUAAGUAGGAGGAAGCAGGAGAUAACUAACUUAUAGACGUCUCUUCCUUAACAAGUUGUGUAUAUUUUUUUCCUUUCAGAUUUUGGACUUUCUUUUUUGGUCUUAACAUUGAGUAUGGCGAUUGCGUUUGGGUCGAGUAGAGAGAAACGCAAACGCUAAAUGUUCAUCUUUAUAUACGAGUUGUUUGUAAAAAUGUUAAAUUGGUUAUUUCUGUUAAUGUGGAGUGUUUUUUCUUAA